AUGUUUUCUUUAGCAAAAGCUUGUGCUGGAGAUACAGUGCAGGUGUCAGGCGAGGCAACUGUAUUGGAGCUGGAAUUAUUGGGGCUGGCUUAUUCGUCUUCCUGGCAGACCGCCCGAGCAUUCGGCUACGACGAUGGCACCCAACAGGCCGACGGCACCCAGCUGAAUACCGACGGCACCCAGCUGAAUACCGACGGCACCCAGCUGAAUUCCGACGGCAACCAGCUGAAUUCCGGCGCCGAUCAGAAGCAGCUGAAUUCCGAUGGCGUUCAGACCGACAACUCCGUGGCACCGAUUGCAAAUGACAACAGCGGAUACACCAAUAGCGGAUAUACCAAUACACCCAGCGUUGAAUCUGUCCCGGCCAAAACCAGCAAACCGAACUCCGGCGAAACUUCCGCGGCGAUCGUCGUUCCCGUUGGCGCGACAGUCGGCCCGGUAGCCGUCAACGCCGCUGGCGGGCUCAAAGUGACGGGCGGCAACAACCAGGUGGAGAUUAAUCCUUCCGGUAGUGCUGACGUCAGCUCUGAUCUGCUUAAGACCAGCGCUUCUGGGGAUGCAAUUGGCUCCGCGAGAUUCAACCGUGAGGGAGUCACCGUGAACGCCGACGGAUCCGCAAACGCGAACGUGUUUAACGGCGUCGGGACGGGCGAGGCGAACGCGAAGGGCAGCGCCGGCGUGACGAAAACCGGGGUCAACGCGGACGCCGCGAUUGGAGCGAACGCUGACGUGGCAGGCGUAGGAGCGAAUGUGAAUGUCGGCGCUGGCGGCGGGUUCAACAAGAAAGAAGUUAACGCGAAUGCCGGGUUUGGAGUUUACGGGAACGUGGGGAAUAUCGCGGGUGCCGGAACUAAUAUCGGAUCGACGGCUAAGGUUAGCCGUGACGAGAUUGCCGCGAAUGCCGGGUUUGGAAUUGGCGCGAAUGUGGGAGGUAUUGGGGCAGGAGGCACGGCCGCGUCGACGGCUGAGAUUAGCCGCAAAGGCGUGAAAGCUGGGGCGAAUGCGGGCGCUUCGGUGCAACUCGGCGACGUUUACGCGAGGAGCUUAGACGUUUCGGCUCAGGCGGAAUUGCGUGGGUUGGGAUUUACCCUAAAUGUGAAUCUUGUCGACCAGGCAAAAAUCCUGGGAGUGAGCGGGAAAGACGAAGCUACGACGACGUUGGUUCUCGGCGAUCCGAACACGAACGUGCCGCAGCUGGUGGUUCGGCUUAGCAAGGGGAUGAGCUGCGUCAACAUUCCGGACAGUUUCGCACGUUCGGCGAAUUUCGUGCAGGUGUCGUGGCGCAGUACGGUAACGGCGGAUGGGACGACAGAAGAAGUUGCGAAGGGGUGCAAAAAAAUUGUCGCGCAGCCGCAGAAGGGGUGCCAGGGUAACCCGCUGAAUAAAUUCGAGUUCAAUCCUUCGUCUGCCCGCAAGGCCAUGAACAAGUUUUUCGGGUCAGUUUCGUCGUAUACCCCCCUUCCAUCCCCCCUUCCACGCUCCGUGGCUCUAUCUGUAUGCGCUAUGCUUCCCUCCCUCUCCCCCUUCCCUUCCCCCUCCCUCUCCCCCUUCCCUUCCGCCUCCCUCUCCCCCUUCCCUUCCGUCUCCCUCUCCUCAUUCCCUUCCCCCUCCCUCUCCCCCUUCCCUUCUCCCUCCCUCUCCCCCUUCCCCUUCCCUCCUUUCCCCCUUCCCCUUCCCCCCCUCCCCCUUCCCCUUCCCCCCCUUCACCCUUCCCCUCCCCCCACUUCCCCCUUCCCCUUCCCCCCCGUUCCCCCUUUCCCUUCCCCCUUUCCCACUCUCUUUUCCUCCCCACUCAGCCGUCUCUCCCUAUCUCUCAACCAGUCCCUUCCUGCACUGCCCUAG